CUCUUCUAGCUUUUCUGCCAGUCCGGGUCCUCCCAGUGCAGCUCAGCCGGUGUAGUGCUCCUGUUUCCCUGUCUGGUCGUGGAGAGUCGCUGCCGACUGGGCGCUCGUGUUCGGGUCGUCAUGGCAAGUUACGAAUACGUGAGCCCGGAGCAGCUGGCUGGCUUUGAUAAGUACAAGUACAGUGCUGUGGAUACCAACCCACUCUCUCUGUAUGUCAUGCACCCAUUUUGGAACACUGUAGUAAAGGUAUUUCCUACUUGGCUGGCUCCAAAUCUGAUAACCUUCUCUGGCUUUCUGCUGGUUGUGUUCAAUUUUCUACUUAUGGCAUACUUUGAUCCUGACUUUUAUGCUUCAGCACCAGGUCACAAGCAUGUACCCGACUGGGUCUGGAUUGUAGUGGGCAUCCUCAAUUUCAUGGCCUACACUCUAGAUGGUGUGGACGGAAAGCAAGCCCGUAGAACCAAUUCCAGCACCCCGCUUGGGGAGCUUUUUGACCAUGGCCUGGAUAGUUGGUCAUGUGUUUACUUUGUUGUCACCGUAUAUUCCAUUUUUGGACGAGGAUCAUCUGGUGUCAGUGUUUUUGUUCUUUAUCUCCUGCUAUGGGUAGUUUUGUUUUCUUUCAUCCUAUCUCACUGGGAAAAGUAUAACACAGGGAUUCUUUUCCUGCCAUGGGGAUAUGACAUUAGCCAGGUGACUAUUUCUUUUGUCUACAUAGUGACUGCAGUUGUGGGAGUUGAGGCCUGGUAUGAACCUUUCCUGUUUAAUUUCUUAUAUAGAGACCUAUUCACUGCAAUGAUCAUUGGUUGUGCACUGUGCGUGACUCUUCCAAUGAGUUUGUUAAAUUUUUUCAGAAGCUAUAAAAAUAACACGUUGAAAUACAAUUCAGUCUAUGAAGCUGUGGUUCCCUUCUUUUCUCCAUGUUUGCUAUUCAUUUUGUCUACAGCAUGGAUCCUCCUGUCACCUUCAGAUAUUUUAGAGUUACACCCUAGAGUGUUCUACUUAAUGGUUGGAACAGCCUUUGCCAACAGCACAUGUCAGCUGAUUGUUUGUCAAAUGAGCAGUACCCGGUGCCCAACUUUGAAUUGGUUGCUGCUUCCUCUUUUUGUGAUUGUCAUGGUGGUGAAUGUAGGAGUAACCCCUUACGUUGAGAGAAUUCUCCUGUUUACAUUAACGGCUGCUUUCACUUUGGCCCACGUCCAUUAUGGAGUACAAGUGGUAAAGCAGCUGAGCAACCAUUUUCACAUUUACCCCUUCUCAUUGAGAAAACCAAAUUCAGAUUGACUAGGAGUGGAAGAAAAGAAUAUUGGCGUGUAAUCUACAGAAAGAAGUACUGUAAAUAAGAUGCUUGUAAAUAUUCAUCCAUCACCGUUGAACUAAACUGAUCUGCUUAACAGACAUGGGAACUCAGUGUGUAUGUGGUACUUGAACAGCAGGAAUGAUACAUAUCUGAACUUGUGGAAUAUUGGACCUAUUGACUCCCAGCUUACUUUUUUAUAAAACCAUGUGUUGUUUUGGUUAAACGUAAUAGCCCAGCAAAAUGUUCCUUGUUGUUUAGGAGUCCAUAAUGUUUUGGUUCAUACAGAGUUAAAGAUGCUUGGAUUUUAUUUUUCAAACCCUCAUAUUUGUUUAGGAACACUGAUAACGUUCAGAGGACCCAAUAUGUUUUCAUAUUUGGUACUUAGUAGUAAGUCUUUUGGAGAAGGAAAUGACAACCCACUCCAGUAUUCUUGCCUGGAGAAUCCCAGGGACGGGGAGCCUGGUGGACUGUCGUCUAUGGGGUCGCACAGGGUCAGACACGACUGAAGCGACUUAGCAGCAGUUAGCAGUAGCAGUAAGUCUUUAGCUGUGGAAGCUAUCAGUAUCCCAAAUCUAAUGUAGGGAAAAGAUAAGAGCAAGUCACUUUCAGCAAGAAUGCCAAAUGAUUAGAGAACAGUAUACAGUUGCCAAAUACUGGUUUCACUUUCUCAUGAAAAUGCCUUUUGUCCUCAUGUGCUAAGAGAGCCAAUAUAUAUAUAUUUAUAUAUAUAUAUAUAUUUAAAUUCUCUAGUAUUCUGGCUCUCUUUGUUAUGGAACAGAUAUUAAUAAGUGGUUUAAUUUUAUUUUAAAGAAAAAUAUUUUAUUGAGACUUAAUAGAGAAUGGAUUGUAAUUAUGGCUCACUCAUUGGCAUGGUUCAGUGUUUAAACGUGGCAUUUUUUCCCCUCAGCUACAAGUUGCUGAGAUUUGGUGCCUAUGAACUAUGAUCAUAUGAAUGCAUGUGAUAGUCCCAUUCUUAGAAUAAUUACUUGUGAGGAACAUAGAUUAACUUCCUUAUAAGAAAAAAAGUUUCUUAGGGGUUAGGAAUCUCAUGAACCUCACUAUGAAAUUACUACUGUCAACGUUGCUACGAAACUAGAUUUCUGAUUUAAUUUGUCCUUCCUAUCUCCCUUUAUCUCUUUCUGUGGCGGAAACAGUGCUGUGUUUUUUAUUUCAUACAAGAUAAAGACAUAGAGAGAACGUCUCUUUUUCCCAACUUGCUCACUUCUCCACCUGAAGAAAAGUUUUGACAUAUAUGCCUUACUGAGUAUUUACACUCUUUAAUAUGACUUGGAAUAAUUUUUGAGAUUUACUGACAAACAUAAAAAUCUCUUUUGACUUUCAUAUGAUUGUUUUAUGAUCACAGCUUUUCAUGAAUGUGGAUAUUCUAUUUCUUUCUGAUUUUGUCUCCUUAAUUUAAUUUGGUGGUGGUGAAAUUUACUGGCUGAUUUUCUUUUAUUUUCCACUGAAUGAAGUUUGUGCUUGAAUGAAGAGUGUAUCUUAAACCCUUUUUUUUGGACGGAUUGCACUUGGAUAAAAUAGGCACCACUGUGUUGAUAAUGUAAUUAAAACCAUAAUCAUUAUUUAUCUAUAAAUGUGCCCAUCAUUAAAUUUAAUUAUAGUGUAUUCUUUUGUUGGAUUUUAGUCUGCCACUUUGUAAAAAUAACCAUGUAAUUAUUAUUUCAGUUUUUAAAAAAUUUGUGAAUUGUAAUCAUUGUUAACAAGUUAUUAGAAAUGAAGCAUCACGGAGCUAACUGUACUCAGUUUUUAAAAAAUUGUAAAGUUUGAGGUAUAUUCUGUGAAUUUCUCUGAGACAAAAAUGAACACUGAAAAUAGUUGGGAAAUUAACACAGGAAAAUAUGGAUAGUGAUUCCAUGUUUAUUUAAAUUGCCAUCAUGGAGGUCAGAGAAUGAGCUAAUUAAGUAAAAGUAACUCUUAUCUUUUGUAUACCUUGUUCUGUGUCAUCUGUAAAAUCGAGCUGGAUAAAGUGUUAAUUUGGGUCAGGAACAAACCUUUGCUUUAAGAUUUUAAGCUAAUCAUUUUAUUGUUUUGUUGACUUUGUAUACAAAAUGAGAUUCAUCUGUAUUAUGUAAGAGCUGAAAAAUAUUUAUAAAAUGGCAAAUUUGGACUACAGGCUUUCGUCACUUUGUACAGUAUAGUAAAAAAAAAAAAAAGCCCUUUAUUUCUGUCAUAGGGUCAUGUCCUGUAAUUUUGGGUCUCUUUUACCUCAAAGUGUGUUUCUGCUCUUUUUCUGUUGCAUCAGGUUUAUUUGAAAAUUGUUUUGUGCCUAUAUACUUGAUAACAUAUUUCCCUGUAGCGGUUAAGAAUUAUGCUGUAGUCAGUUUCAUUGGCAUCAUGAGGUGAAAGAAAGAUGGAUGUCAGGAAGAUAAAAGAUGAAAAGUGAGUAACCAAAAAAAAAAAAGAAAAGUGAGUAACUGUUUCAGAAUACUGUAGACUUGCGAGUCUUUAGUGUACUGUUGACUCCUUUUUUUGGUUUAGUCUGCUGUCUUGAAGUGUAUCAAGAAAGCCCCUAUUUGUCAUGUAUGGUAUAGCAACUGAAGCAGGACUUUGUUACAAAGAGCUCUGUGAACUGACAUCAUCACCAAUGAUCAUAACCUUUCCAAAGUAUAAAAGGUAUUUCAGGCUUAUGCAUGAUUUUUUGGGGUGCAUUCACACCCCACCCUUUCUCCUAGCAUAUGCUGAGCUGCCUUUUGGGGAGCAAGUGGCAUAAUUGGUCGUACAUGUAUGUUUUCUGUCCAUUUCAGAACAGAGUGCCUUAGCCAGGCCAGAGGUUUGCUUUCUUUUCUUCUGACCAAAGUUACCUAGACCUGUAGGAAGUUUUCUUUUCAGGUUAUGGUAUGAAAAAUGUCCUUUCAUGCUUGUCAGAAAAUUCCCCUGUGUUUGAAGGGGGGCAUAGGAUAGAAAAAUCUAAAAAAAUCUAAAAAAUCUAAAAAAUAUCUGAGUAUAUUCAUGCUCCCUUUUAUGAUCCUUUAAUAGCAUUCAUGGUCUUAGUGUAAUCUACAUGCAGUUUAAAAUUGCCACAAUUUAACCAACAUUUCUCCCUUAAUGUGUAACAGAUGUAGUUCAUGGGUUUUAGUCUUAAGGGUAAUAGAGUGAAUAACUUCCAAAUCAAGAAGUAAAAUAGUCUUCCCUGGCAUUUUAAUAAUAUGGUUAAAUUACUUUUACUUGUAAUUUUAAAAAGAAGAUUUGAUGCUGAUUAUGGCCUAGAAUGUUACAGUACUAUUACCAACAUGUUAUCUAUUUUAAUAUAGAGCUCUUGGGAAGAGGAGUGCAUGUCUAGGGCUGCCCCAAUUCUAAAUAAUUCCUGAAAGAAUACUGAUCAUGACCUGGAUCCUGGGCACUGGGGGAGCAUGCAAAGGAGAAAGCAAGCAUAGAUGGUGUCCACUUGAAGGGGAAGAAGAGAUCACUUCAGUGCGCAAUGAUGCUACUGCAGUGCACAGUUCAAAACUGUCACAAUGUAAAUCGUCUUUUCUCCGUUAAUUUGAAGUUCAGAUGUGAAUUUAAAAGUUUCCUAAGUGUUAAGUUUUCAGAGAAUUAAUUUAUGUUGUAGUCAGUCCAAAAGCAUUUGGAGCGUAUCUUGCUUUCCCUGAUAGCUCAAUUAGUAAAGAAUCUGCCUACAAUGCAGGAGACCCCAGUUCGAUCCCUGGGUUGGGAAGCCCCUGGAGAAGGGAAAGGCUACCCACUCCAAUAUUCUGGCCUGAAGAAUUCCAUGGACACAGUCCAUGGGGUAACAAAGUCGGACACGACUGAGCGUUUUUCACUUUCACUUUUCACUUUGCUUUCCAAAGCAGGCUUUGAUUCUGUACUCUAUGGAGAAUGAAAAAGUAAUCUGAAAGUGUUUGAAUCAAAGACUACUUCUCCCCUUAAUAUUUGAACAGGAAACCUGUUUGUAACUCUUCCUCUUCAUUCUUCCCUUGGGUUUCCCUUUAACCAGCCACCACGUGGGACAGAGACUCCGCUUGCUUUGUCGCCCCCUGUGCUGCUGCUGCUGCUAAGUCACUUCAGUCGUGUCCGACACUGUGCGACCCCAUAGACGGCAGCCCACCAGGCUCCCAUCCCUGGGAUUCUCCAGGCAAGAACACUGGAGUGGGUUGCCAUUUCCUUCUCCAGUUGCCCCCUAUACCCUGCCACAUUCAGAUCUCCUUGAUAGCCUUAGAUCUCUCGCCUAGGCAAGGAGUGGGAACGUACCAGAGAGAACAAAGUAAAUCUGAAGGACUAGAUCUUUUGACUUUGGGUCCCCCAAUAAGCCAAAAACAGAUACAGAAAUCUUUGCUUGUGCUGAUUCUUGUGUUCAGAGUGGCCUUUAUCUUGACUUCAGUUCUGGACUUGCUGGAGCACGCUAUAGGAAAUUUGUGAAAUCAGAUUGGAAUUUUCUUGGUUCCAUGAGGUGUCCUUGUAAGGCCGCGUGCUGAUUCUUGAACACCCUGUGGGUGAAUAACCUUCAGUGAGCUGCCAGUACUAGAAGCUUCCAGGGAGAUUUUUUAGUAUGCUGCAUUUGAAGCACUUUGACAUAUACCUUUUAAGUGACAGUUUUAACAGUAAAAUGGUGUUAAAUUAAUCACUGUGAAACUUGAAAGUAUGAUGUCCUGUACAUUUUAGGAAGCUUGAGUAAUUUUCAGAUUUUCCUUUAUUAUGUAACCCAGGUGAUUCGUGUGUUUUUCUUUUCAUGUUUGUCAGUGGUACAGAUAUCUGACAUGUUGGCAGACAGUUGCUUUAGGAUAUAUAUGGUAAAUCAUGGUUGUCUAGCUUUUCCAGAGAAAGUGGCAGUGUGUUUACUUUUUCCUUUGUGUGGAGCCAUGGGAAUUGGACUUACUGGCUAAUUCAUUUCCAUUGUUUCUGUGGUGCACAAUAAACAGCCUUUUAAAGCUGCAUGCUAGUAAUGCUUUCCUUUUUAAUAAAAAUGCGAGAGACAGUAAUCUAGCUGAUUGUUUUUAAGCAGACUUGCUUUUUUUUUCAGACAUAUCUUAAAUGAACUAAUAUUUUGGGUAGCAUAAGAAGUUUUGGCAUUUGCAGCCUUUUUCACAGGUGGCCUGAGUGAGUGGGUUAUAUUGCAUUUGGAGAGAAAGGCCAGAUUCCCAGAAUUAGAAAAUGGCACAUGGACUGAUUUUAGAAUAUUUUAACAAGGGCUUGUCUUAGGGAGAGUCCGUUUGGACACAGAAAUACUGUCUGGUCUCCUAGUAUUGUCUUACUCUUCAUAGAAUGAUUCUUAGAAAACCAGAUUCAAUCAGAGCAGUGUUAUUUUGAAAGCAUAUCAAUUGGAUCAUGGAGUACCUAAUGCUAUGUUGUAACCAGAGACACUUUUGGAGACCCAUGGAGUGGCUAAAUGCUGUGGAUGCCUUGUGACUCUUAGGCUAAAGUCUUCUCUUAAGCAAUUUCUAUGGAUAAUAGAAUUGGAAUUGAUUUUAGUUUUUAUUGAAACACACAUGGAGUAAAUUCUUGACUAGAAGCAUGUUCAGUACUUAAUGUUACUAAUCAGAUUAUAGGAGGGGCCUGUUUUAAUUUUAUGAGGUCCAUGAAUGCUGCAUUAUGAAUCCGUUUGAAUUACUGGUAUCAUUCUGUAUCAGACUUAGUUUAGUAAGUACUAAUUAAGAUUGCCCACAAUAUGAACAUUUUUGGGUAGGUUAUUUUGUUUACAUAACUUAUCCCAUUAGAGCAGCUAUUCAGGAGACAAAGACCCAGCUACAGGUAAUCAUUUGCUUUUUCUGGAAUGCGCCAAAAAAGCAGAAUUUAGUAUUAAACUCCAAAUUUCAGGGUUUUUUUUUUUUUUUUUUAAGUAUUAUUUCCUCUGGGUAAAGUGGAAGGUGGUGAACAGUUGCUGAGGUGUAAACUCCUUUCGACCUGCAUUCUCCCUUUCCCCUCCCAUCUAACAGAAUAGAUUAAAUUUGUAACCAAUGGUAGGAAAAGAAAUCGACACUUUGCUGAGUAAGGUUUCAUGCCCUGUGACUAAGAAUAGGUGACGGGAAUCAUGGCCAAAUCAAUUAUUGAUUUGUUUAGCCUGGUCCUGUUGCAGUUUGCUUUCUGUAGUAUUCUGAAACAGAAGGAUGAUUUCCAUCCCCUCAGGUACCUAGAAACAAUACCACUUUAGUAACUGGAAUGUGUCUGCUACAAGUGGAAUAUGUGAGAGAAGAAGGUGAAAGGAACACAAAGUUAUUUUCCCUUUCAAGUAGUUUAAUUGAACAUGUUUGUAAUUGGUCUGCCUGGGACUUGCCCGUGUUCGUAGCAAAUAACAUAACAUUUAUUUUAUCUGGUUAUGUGUGGUGUGUGUAUGCCUACAUAUUUAAUAUGUACACAUAUUCUCUGUGCAUAUAUAUGUAUGAUGUAUUCGUAUGUACGCGCAGUCUACUCUUGAUUAUCAGCAAGAUGAUAAGCCCUCACCAGACUCUUUCUUCAUGUUCACUUAAUCUGCAUGUACCCUGUAACUCUGAGAAGCCUGUUCCGUAUCUGCAUCUUCAGGCUUUCCUACUUGCCGUUCAUCUUAGUCCCCAAGAAAGGCCUUGACAUAUGUCACUUUCCACUUCCCUUUCACCAGGGAUUGUGUGAGUCAGAAAACUUGUGAGAAGAUGGUUGCUUCCACCAGAGUUGAGGCUUCCAGGGUUUGAAUGAUGGUGGGCCCAUUCCUGGCCAGAAGGCGGUGCCUGGAGCAGUUGCGUUCUUGGGCUUGAUGGGGGGAAAACUCUAGCUCUUGUGGGAAAUGGGAUGUCACAACUUGGUUAAAUUCCUUAGCUGGAAUGUUGUGAGGUCUUAAGUAAUUUGAUGUGCAAACAGGGUACAGGUGUGCAUUUCACCAUUCGCUUUGUGUCAUCGGUAUUCCUGGUCCCCAUUGCUCGCCCAGAUAAUCAAGACCUGACUGUUUCUUGCCACUGGAUUCUGGAAGCCUUGCGCUCUCAACUGAAUUUAUGUUUUAUUUCUGCUGCUGUGAAACCCAAAAGUAAUGCAGUAGGUUUUAAUUUAAAAUUGUUUUAACUCUAUUAUUGAUAAAUAUUUAUUGUAAUAAAAGUAAAGAGUAAAUGGUUUUUAAAUCUUUUUAAUUAUUUUCA